AUGGAGACUACGGCUGUGAGUACCACCACUCUGGCCAAUGAUGAGUUUGACAGGAACGUGCCGCGGAUCUGCGGUGUGUGCGGGGACAAGGCCUCCGGAUUCCACUUCAAUGCCAUGACCUGCGAGGGCUGCAAGGGCUUCUUCAGACGCAGUAUGAAGCGCAAGGCCAGCUUCACCUGUCCCUUCAACGGCAGUUGCACCAUAACCAAGGACAACCGCCGCCACUGCCAGGCCUGCCGGCUCAAGCGCUGCGUGGACAUCGGCAUGAUGAAGGAGUUCAUUCUGACAGACGAGGAGGUGCAGAGGAAGAAGGAUCUGAUCCAACGGAGGAAGGAUGAGGAGGCGCAGAGGGAGGCGCAGCGACCCCGGCUGAGCGAGGAGCAGAGCCAGGUCAUCGCCACGCUGGUGGAUGCUCACCACAAGACCUACGACGACUCCUACUCCGACUUCAACCGCUUCAGGCCUCCGGUCCGAGAAGGCCCAGUGACACGCAGUGCCAGCAGAGCUGCCUCUCUCCACUCUCUAUCUGAUGCCUCAUCUGACUCCUUCAGCCACUCUCCAGAGUCAGUGGACACUAAGCUGAUGAACUUCAGUAACCUGCUGAUGAUGUACCAGGAUGGUGCAUCGAGACCCCAGCCUUUUAACUUAACCCCUGUCGGACCAUUAGCCCACUGUGCGACUGGAGCGACAGAAAGGCUCGUUUCUGUUUCCCGCUGCAAAAUCUUUUUUUCCGCGCUGCGCACUAAUGAACACACCCCUGGUUGUCAUCCUUCCAGGGAGCUGACGGCUGAGGACCAGAUUGCCUUGCUCAAGUCGAGUGCCAUCGAGGUGAUAAUGCUGCGCUCCAACCAGUCCUUCAACCUGGAGGACAUGUCCUGGAGCUGCGGAGGGCCCGACUUCAAGUACUGCGUCAACGACGUCACUAAAGCGGGCCACACUCUGGAGCUGCUGGAGCCUCUGGUCAAAUUCCAGGUUGGCCUGAAAAAACUCAACCUCCACGAGGAGGAACACGUGCUGCUCAUGGCCAUCUGCCUACUCUCCCCAGACCGUCCGGGCGUGCAGGACCACGGGCGCAUCGAGACCCUGCAGGACCGUCUGUCGGAGACGCUGCAGGCCUACAUCCAGCUGCACCACCCGGGCGGCCGCCUCGUGUACGCCAAGAUGAUCCAGAAGCUGGCGGACCUGCGCAGCCUSAACGAGGAGCACUCCAAGCAGUACCGCUCGCUGUCCUUCCAGCCCGAGCACAGCAUGCAGCUGACUCCGCUGGUGCUGGAGGUGUUCGGCAGCGAGGUCUCCUAAAUUAACACUUUUUGGUGACCUUUGAUGGAGGUGGAUGAGGUGGACGAAAGGUCAUAGGAGAGGUGGGAGGAGAGUACGAGGUGGGAGCUAUAGGAAUGUGAUUAGACGGACUGUGG